CAGAGAAGUAAAGGUACUUCAGCAUUGAGUCAAACAAAAAUAGACAGUUUUUUUUGUUGGAUCAAACAAACAGAGACAUUUCCUAUUUGCUGCUCUAGCAUAUUCCACUAAAUUUCCUUGAAAUUCUUUCAAGAAAAUUCAAAUUCCACCAUAUUACCCUCUACUACUAUAAAAUUGUCACAACCCCAUUUCUAAAUUCAACCAAAAAUUCAAUCUUUUUCAUCUAUUAUGACUUCCCGAAAGUCAGUUCUUUUUCCAACUUAAAUCUCUUUUAGGGUUUUAAAUUCCAUGUAAUAAGGAGAAAAAUGGCUUCUGGAAGUAGAACAAAGCAUUCCCAACAUAACUCAUCACAAGUUCAAGCUCAAUCUUCAGGUACAAGUAAUGUGAAUUAUAAAGAUUCAAUAAGCAAAGCCAUAGCACAGUACACAGCUGAUGCUAGACUUCAUGCUGUAUUUGAACAAUCUGGUGAGUCUGGAAAGUCUUUUGAUUACUCACAGUCUGUUAAAACUGGUACAAAUUCUGUUGUGCCUGAACAGCAAAUUACUGCUUAUUUGACUAAAAUACAAAGAGGGGGUCAUAUACAACCUUUUGGUUGUAUGAUAGCUGUAGAUGAAGCUAGUUUUCGUGUUAUAGCUUUUAGUGAAAAUGCCUGUGAUAUGCUUAGUUUAACUCCACAAUCAGUUCCAAGUCUUGAGAGGCCUGAGAUACUCACUAUUGGAACUGAUGUUAGGACCCUUUUUACCCCUUCUAGCUCUGUUUUGCUAGAAAGAGCAUUUGGGGCACGCGAGAUUACGUUACUGAAUCCGAUUUGGAUUCAUUCCAAGAAUUCUGGCAAGCCCUUUUAUGCUAUUUUGCAUAGGGUUGAUGUUGGCAUUGUGAUUGAUUUGGAGCCUGCUAGAACGGAGGACCCCGCUUUAUCUAUUGCUGGAGCGGUGCAGUCGCAGAAACUUGCGGUGAGGGCUAUUUCUCAUUUGCAAUCACUUCCUGGUGGGGAUAUUAAGCUUUUGUGUGAUACUGUGGUUGAGAGUGUGAGGGAGUUAACCGGGUAUGACCGGGUUAUGGUGUAUAAAUUUCAUGAGGAUGAGCAUGGGGAGGUAGUGGCUGAGAGUAAAAGACGAGAUUUAGAGCCCUAUAUUGGUUUGCAUUAUCCUGCUACUGACAUUCCUCAAGCUUCACGGUUUUUGUUUAAGCAGAACAGGGUGAGAAUGAUUGUGGACUGCCAUGCGACACCUGUGCGGGUUAUUCAGGAUGACUCACUGAUGCAGCCUUUGUGUUUAGUUGGUUCCACACUUAGAGCCCCUCAUGGUUGCCACGCACAGUACAUGGCAAACAUGGGGUCUAUUGCCUCAUUAACACUGGCAGUUAUUAUUAAUGGAAAUGAUGAGGAAGGCCGAAAUUCAAUGAGGCUAUGGGGCUUGGUUGUUGGACAUCACACCUCUGUUCGGUGCAUUCCUUUCCCUCUUCGGUAUGCGUGUGAAUUCCUUAUGCAGGCCUUUGGACUCCAAUUGAACAUGGAGUUGCAACUGGCAUCACAGUUGUCUGAGAAACAUGUUUUAAGGACACAAACACUGUUAUGUGACAUGCUCCUUCGAGACUCACCUACGGGGAUUGUUACCCAAAGCCCCAGUAUUAUGGACCUUGUCAAGUGCGAUGGUGCUGCUCUAUACUACCUGGGGAAGUACUAUCCAUUAGGCGUCACACCGACUGAAGCUCAGAUAAAAGACAUUGUGGAGUGGUUAUUGACUUACCACGGGGACUCAACAGGUUUAAGUACUGACAGUUUGGCUGAUGCUGGGUAUCCUGGGGCAGCUUCACUUGGUGAUGCAGUUUGUGGUAUGGCUGUUGCUUAUAUAACUACUAAAGAUUUCUUGUUUUGGUUUCGCUCCCACACAGCGAAAGAGAUAAAGUGGGGUGGUGCAAAGCAUCAUCCUGAAGACAAGGAUGACGGCCAGAGAAUGCAUCCACGUUCUUCCUUCAAGGCAUUUUUGGAAGUUGUUAAAAGCCGUAGCUCACCAUGGGAAAAUGCAGAAAUGGACGCAAUUCACUCUUUGCAGCUUAUUCUGCGAGAUUCAUUCAAGGAUGCUGAGGCAAGUAAUUCUAAGGCUGUCGUGCAUGCUCAACUUGGGGAAAUGGAGUUGCAAGGGAUAGAUGAACUGAGUUCUGUUGCCAGAGAAAUGGUUAGACUGAUAGAGACUGCAACAGCUCCCAUAUUUGCUGUCGAUGUCGAAGGUCGCAUAAAUGGGUGGAAUGCAAAGGUUGCUGAAUUGACAGGCUUAUCAGUUGAAGAAGCAAUGGGGAAGUCUUUGGUUCAUGAUCUUGUGCACAAAGAAUCAGAGGAGACUGCUGAGAAGCUUCUGUUCAAUGCUCUAAGAGGCGAGGAAGAUAAGAAUGUAGAAAUAAAGUUAAGGACAUUUGGAGCCGAGCAACCGAAGAAAGCUGUUUUUGUGGUGGUUAAUGCUUGCUGUAGCAAAGAUUACACAAACAACAUUGUUGGUGUUUGCUUUGUUGGGCAGGAUGUUACUGGGCAAAAAGUUGUUAUGGACAAGUUUAUUCACAUCCAAGGUGAUUACAAGGCUAUUGUGCACAGCCCCAAUCCUCUGAUUCCUCCCAUAUUUGCAUCAGAUGAGAACACUUGUUGCUCUGAGUGGAACACUGCCAUGGAAAAGCUCACUGGUUGGUCCAGAGGGGAGAUUGUUGGGAAAAUGUUAGUUGGUGAGAUUUUUGGAAGUUGUUGUCGGCUCAAGGGCCCAGAUGCCAUGACAAAGUUCAUGAUUGUGUUGCAUAAUGCAAUUGGAGGCCAGGAUACAGACAAGUUUCCAUUUUCCUUUUUUGACCGAAAUGGGAAAUAUGUGCAAGCUCUUUUGACUGCAAAUAAGAGAGUCAAUAUGGAGGGCCAUACUAUUGGGGCUUUCUGUUUCAUACAGAUAGCCAGUCCCGAAUUGCAGCAAGCUCUAAGAGUUCAAAGGCAACAGGAAAAGAAGUGUUAUUCUCAGAUGAAAGAGUUGGCGUACAUUUGUCAGGAAAUAAAAAGUCCUCUUAAUGGUAUACGCUUUACAAAUUCAUUGUUGGAGGCCACAGAUUUGACAGAAAAUCAGAAACAGUAUCUGGAGACAAGUGCUGCUUGUGAGAGGCAGAUGUCUAAGAUCAUAAAGGAUGUUGAUCUGGAAAACAUUGAGGACGGUUCACUGACCCUUGAGAAAGAAGAAUUUUUUCUUGGGAGUGUAAUAGAUGCCGUUGUUAGCCAAGUGAUGUUAUUACUGAGGGAAAAAGGCGUGCAAUUGAUCCGGGAUAUACCAGAGGAGAUUAAGACAUUAACAGUAUAUGGUGAUCAAGUGAGAAUUCAACAGGUCUUGGCAGAUUUCUUGCUGAACAUGGUACGGUAUGCACCAUCACCUGACGGGUGGGUAGAGAUCCAACUUCGACCAAGUAUGAAGCAAAUAUCUGAUGGAGUAACUAUUGUGCAUAUUGAACUCAGGCUGCUGCUUAGUUGAUAAUAUUUCUGGUUGCUCCAACAGGCAUGCUGGAAUAUGAGAUUUAUGAACCAAUGAACAAUGUAAUGUUAAGAGAAGUAUGCAAAAAGUUAAUGUAUGUUUAGACCACGUGACAAUUAACAGUAGGGGCUACAAUAUACAAGCUUAAGUGAAAAGGUGCAUUUUAGACUUGUACCGUUUCUCUUUGGUAUAGCUUUUGCCCUGCCAUCUCUAUUUAUAUGUAUCAUAUUUUCCUACUAUUUCCUUUUAUUGACUCAUCAGUUGCAGCAAAUGAAAGUUUUAUAGUCUUCUGCCAAUUUCUUUUCUUUUCUGAAUGUGCCACCUGGUAGCUCACCUUUUACUCUAGUUCUGUCCCGUACAUAUAUAACCUAUCUAUCUGCGUAGGCUUUAAAUCCUUCUAUUUCAUCAAUGUUUUUCACUUUUAUUUCUCAAGCUCGCUCCUUUUUUGCUUUAAAGAAGGUUAACUCAUGCUUUCAUUCUUUAAUAAAGCUGACCAAGCUCAAGCAAGAACAAUACUGCAUUAUUGAUAGCUGGAUAAGAUAAAGAUCUCAAGGAUGUGCAUGUCUUUUGUUUAAGCUCUUUUAACUCGACACUACCAUUGCUCGUCUUUUGUCUUUCAGCUAUAAUUUUCCUUUGUUUGGAGUAGGAAAAAGCAUCUUCUCCACCUCAAACUCACAUUAAGUUUCUCUUCCACUUUUGAACUGAAACAGCAAAAGUAUAGGCUUCUAGUGAACUGCAUAAAUACUCGUCUUAUAGAUGAGAACAUUGGAGGACUUCAUAACCGGGUCUCACUUUAUUAGCUUUCCUGGAGGUUAACUUGGGCAAUGUAUUCCCAAACAUAUUCAUCCUGCCGGUGUUUUACUAGCAUCCUAGGUUGCACUUUAGUUCUCUCAUUAUUUCUGGCCGUGGAUUAGGAAAUUGAG